CGCACCAGCGGCCAUCUGAACCGUUUCCGACCGCUGCGUCGGUUGUCAGCUCCUGUCGAGCCAAGCAGUGGAGGCGGCACCGUACGUGUAGAGGCCGAGCAAGGUGUGCAUCAGCUUUACGAAUAUAGUGGAGUCCAGAGCGAUCUCAGCCGGCGAGUUCCAGUCGGGCAUGAUGACGAGGAGGAGGAGGAGGAGUGCAGGGAGCGAAGGAGAUAGGGAAUGAAAAAAGGGAGGAGUUGCUCGUCCGCUUCCCUGGCCUCAUGUCCUUGUAUUUUAUUGUGAC